AUGGCCGACGUUCAAGUCCCCGAACACAAGGAGCGCAAGGAGCGCAAUGCCUAUCUCUCUUCACGAGUCAAAGAAACCACCUUCCGAGAAUGGGUGGUUGCCAAUCAAAUUGGAAUCUCCAUGACCACCCUGGCUAUGUUGCUGGCUCUUCAUAACCUCUACCCCUCUCUCCGCCCCUAUACCGCGCCCUUCUUUCAAUUGUCCUAUUACGAUGAAUCUACGAACUCCUACGUCCAAGGCUGGGACGAUGUCUAUUUCGUCUUCAGCGCCGCCGUCGCCCUCACCGGUAUUCGGGCCAUUGCCAUUGAAUGGGUCAUGCAGCCAAUUGCACGCGCCUCCGGCUUGAAGCGCAAGAAUGCCACCCGGAUCGCUGAGCAGGGCUGGAUGGCUAUGUACUAUGGCUUCAUCUGGAUGGUUGGUUUGUAUCUUUGGAAGACGUCUUACUACUGGGGGGAUUUUGCGGCGAUGUGGUCCCAAUGGCCUGCUCGUCCAUUGUCUGGUAUGAUGAAGUGGUAUCUUCUGGUCGAGCUGGCAUUUUUGAUGCAGCAGAUCUUUGUGAUUCACGUCGAGGAAAGACGCAAAGAUCAUGUUCAGAUGCUGUCUCACCAUAUCAUCACCAGUGCGCUCCUCGGUUCGGCCUAUAUCUAUGCCAUGUAUAACGUUUCCAACGUCGUGCUGUGUCUCAUGGAUAUUGUGGAUGUUCUGCUUCCGACUGCCAAAAUUCUCAAGUAUCUCAAGUAUGAGACUGCCUGCAAUAUCGGCUUCGGGUUGUUCAUGGCCACUUGGUUCUUGACCCGUCACCUUAUCUACCCCGUCGUGUGCUGGUCUGUAUAUCACCAGUUGCCCCUCAACCUCACCUACGGCUGCUACACCGGCUCCACGAGCGAGUUCAUCUCCGCCGAGCCUCCGAACUCCUUCGCCUAUAUGCUCGGUCCAUACUUCAGCCUGGACAAUCCCAUCUGCUUCAAUCCGACUCUCAAGUGGAUGUUCCUGGGUCUCCUGCUGAUCAUCGAAGGCCUGUCCGUCCUGUGGUUCAGCAUGAUCGUGCGCGUCGCCUACGGUGUCAUCUGCGGUGGUAACGCGGAAGACUCCCGCAGUGACGAAGAAGACGAAGCCGAGGUGGAACAUCAACCCGUUCACAGCUCAGUGCACCUGGCCGCCAAAGACGCCACAGCCGAGACAGUUGAAGGCGAACACGCCCCGGGCCUCGACCGUCGGCGGUCCAAUGGCACAGCCUCAGUCCGUGCCCGGGGUCGUGGACGUGUACCUUUCGACCAGAGUGACCGCAAAGCCCUUCUUGGUCGCAUUGGAUGUGAAAAACCCACGUAA